AUGAGGUCAGGGAUUUUGGCGUUGGCGCUGCUACCAAUGCUGGUAGCGGCCGAUACCUUCUCGUAUCUCGGAUGCUUUGCGAAAAGCGACGUCAGUGGGCUUUCCAAGGACGAUUACUACACAUGGCAGACACCAUCGCACUGUGAAGACCAAUGCAAUGGCCACAAAGUGGCUGCUUUGCUAGACGGAGGUACGUGCUAUUGUGGUGAUGACGUGCCGAGCUCCGGUGAUAUUGUUGAUGAUUCCAGCUGUGAUGUGGCUUGUUACGGUUAUGGCACCGUUAAUUGCGGUGGAGCUUCGUAUUACAGUGUUUACAGUACUGAGACUUCAGAUGACGACGAUUCCAGUUCUAGCUCCAGUUCAAGUUCAAGUUCGAGUUCAGAUUCGAGUUCUAGUUCGAGCUCCAGCUCUAGUUCCAGUUCCUCUUCAAGUUCAAGUUCCACUUCGAGUUCCACUUCAAGUUCGAAAUCCCGUUCCAGCUCGUCUGCAAAGCAUACCUCCAGCUCCAGCUCAUCGAAGACCUCAGCUUCAUCCAAAGUGACAUCCACGGAAACAUCUUCCAUCUCGGAAACAUCAUCAGACGAAUCCUCCUCGGAAACGUCUUCAUCCGAAGAGUCCUCAUCUUCGCCCAAAGUCACGACGUCCCCGUCGUCGGUUUCGACUUCGAUCGUCUAUGUGACUUCUGCUGAAACCACCUCAGUUUCAACUUCAACUUCCUCGUCUUCGGCUGCCGCUAAUGAAGCCAAUUCGAAGAGCUCUUCCGCUCACAAGUCCAAACUCAGUGGGGGCGCCAUUGCAGGCAUAGUCAUUGGUGUUAUAGUCGGUCUAGCAGCUUUGAUCUUAUUGAUAUUCUUCAUAUGGAGAUGUCGCAAGAAUGAAGACGUCGAUGACGAAGAGGACGACUUCUACCACGAAAAGGAGCAGAAAACUCGCAAUAGUUUUGGCUUCGUCUCUAAUGACGACAGACUAGCCUAUCAGGGUGAAAAGGGCAGACGGAGAUUCAGUGACUCAAGUCUGCCGGAUGCAAGACAGGAGACUGGUGGUCAGUUACGAGUUGUCAAUCCUGACUGGAGCGAUACCGAAUAA